AUGGGCGAACAAACGGAUAUUUCGUAUAACUACUUCAAAAAGAUUCGCGGUUCGGACCCGCGCCUUGCAACAUGUCGUGGCAAGCUGCAGAGUCAACGAGCCAAACUCAACCAAGAUAUCAACAAACAGAUAAUGAUCCGAAAUGGGGCAGAGAAACUCUACAAUUAUAGCGAAGACAGUAGUAAAUAUGAAAACCCAAUUAAAGAAUUUAUGGACAUAAGACAAGCUGUUCGAACACCAACGAGAGAUUACAAUGGCGUGAAAUUACUUUUCGGCUACUAUAACCUGCUCUAUUACAUCGACAGGAGGUUCUUUCCCCCUCAUAGAAAUAUGGGAAUAUUUUUUGAAUGGUUUGAUUCGCUUACUGGAGUGCCAAGUACGCAGAAAACUAUUGCUUUUGAAAAAGCAAGCGUCCUCUUCAACAUUGCUGCUCUGUACACACAAAUAGCGGCAAAGCAGGAUCGUCUGACAAGCUCAGGGGUGGAUUCGGCGGUGGACAACUUUCUCAGGGCUGCUGGAAUGUUUCGAUACAUACGAGACAACUUCAGCAAUGCCCCCAGCAUGGACCUCUCCUCCGACACACUAGAUACGCUCAUACAACUCAUGCUUGCACAAGCAAGAGAGUGUCUCUUUGAGAAACUAACGCCUGGCGUUGAAAAUCUAGGCCUGCAGACCUGCCUGGAAGUCGCACAAGAAGCUCAAGAGGUAUCUGCCGUGUACUCCUCGGUUCACAAAGUGAUGAACAACAGUUCUGUAAAGGAUUACGUGCCUUAUUCUUGGAUAAGUCUACUCAUAGUUAAAUCCGAACAUUACAGAGCUUUAGCACAUCACUAUGCAGCAGUUGGUUUGCUCGAGCAUAAUGGUGAAAUCAACAAAGAAACUGAGAUUUACCUAGAGUUUGUUCAUAGCAUUGAUGCCAAUGACAGCCCUACUUGUAUGGAUAUCAAAGUGCCUAGAACGAUGGAGGAAAGGCGGCAGCUUGGGAAGGCUCAUCUCCGCGAAUCUCUGCUGUUACACGAGGAGGCUCUCCGGCUCCACCGCAUGUGCAAGCAGUUGCGCCAAAUCGACAACCUUCACGAGAGGCUGCGCAUGGCUCACGAUUCCUCACUCGACAGGUACGCCAGGUGUGAGCAGGAAGACGAUUUCCAAGAAAUCCUGGAUCCGCCCCCCAUACAAGCUGCUACAAAAUACCAAUUAACUCUGAUGCCUCCAGACUUCAGUGAGCAUGCCAUCAAAGACUUAUUUCACGACUUGGGUCCUCUGAAGGUAUUCUGUGCGAGACGGCAGUGGACAGCUGCGAGACAGAUCCAGCUCAAGAAAGAAAACGAAGAGAAUUUUGGUUUCAGUGUUCGUGGCGAUUCCCCCGUUAUCAUAGCAGCUGUUGACGCACACAGUUUAGCUCAGGAGGCAGGCCUCAAGGAAGGAGACUUUGUCGUCCUGAUCGGCACAACCGACUCAAAAUGGAUGGGCCACGAAGAAGUUGUCCGACUCAUCCGAGAAUCUGGCAACGAGCUGACACUCAAGGUGGUCACGCCCAUCGACCAUGACUACCUGCACCCUAAAUCGAGCAACAACUCAACGGCCAGCAGUCCAGCCAGCAACACUUCCACCCUGAGCUCGGGAGAACUGAGCAGGGUACACAUGAGGUUCACAACGAACCCUUUCGCAAAAGACAAGCGGCGUCGCGCCACGUGGAACUUCUUCAGAAGAAGUCAAUCCAAGGACAGAGAAUUCCCAAUCGUUGGGAAAGAUGACAAUGUUUUGUAUAGAUAAACAAAUAUUCGUUUUUAUUGUUUUAAAAUUGUACAUGCAUAUGUGCAUUAACGUCCUGGGAAAGUUCAUAUGCAUUCCAUGUUCAAAAAGGAGAAAUGCCAUUGAAAUAGUAUGCUCUCUCUAAAUGCAUUAUAGCUUAUUUUUUGCACAAGGCCACAGAAUAAUGUCCGAACCUUUU